AUGGCCAGAGGCUCAAAAGCCGUUCGAAAGGACCCGGCAUGCGGAACUUGUCGAAAGAAGUGUCGCAAAUGCGACAGAACACGGCCGACAUGCAAUCGAUGCAAGUCGAAAGGUCUCCAAUGCGAAGGAUACCCCCCCAGGUUUCAAUUUUGCGAAUCGCCGUCCACUGCUAUCGCGUCCAACGGCAGCAAAGUUCAGCAACGAGACGAAAAUAUCUCACAUCCCUCAAGGAAGCCCGGUCGGAGCCAAGGCCGAAGUUCUCCGUCGGCCCAAAGCCCCCAGACAUCCAUAUCGACUGACAGUCGCAGUGCGCAAGUUUUGCACCACCUCGUGCAUCAGGGCACAUCACCGGACGCGUCGACGUCUCCCCAUCAAAUCUCGGUUGGCCAACCAUCACCAGUUUCUUUUACUGAGCGCCACUUCGAAAAAGAGCCUCUGACCGCUCUGAACCGAAACUUGUUGAUUUAUUUUGACGAAAAGUUGAGCCAACACUUGACAAUCGUAGUCAACGAGACCCAAAAUCCGUUCCGACUUCACGUGUUACCUCUUGCGCAUCAACAUGUCGGAGUUCUUCACGCCGUCCUGGGCUUGGCCGCAUGCCAUAUGACUCUGUCCCCCUAUGGAGUUGAACAGGUUGAUAUGGCUACGGCUCUACAACAUCGAGUGGCAGCCCUCAACGCUCUGAGUUCGCUUCUCAUAAAGGAAGAGAUCUACGGACUGGCGGCUGCUGAAGAAGACGCCGUACUGGCAAUUAUACUGCUCUUGGUCUUGCAUGACAUCUGCGAAAUGGGCAUAUCCGCCCAUGCCGUGCAUCUGACAGGGGUGUCGUUUCUAUGCGAUAGAGUUGCAGUGGCCUCAAGCCUCGGACAGACGUCAAGCGCUAGCAUGUUCUUCCUGUCAGCACUAGCAUGGUUGGAUGUACUGAGGGGUUUCAGUGGCGCAGAGAAACUUACUUACUCAGAAGCCGUUCGCCUAUGUGUCGUGGCUGACCCAAAAGCACGAUCAAGCUUCCACACCUUGGUUGGUUGCCCUCCUGCCGUUUUCCAUCGCAUAGGCGAGGUCAUCGCAGCGGCCAAAUGCCACCAAGCCAAAUCGAUCAGUUUAAACGAUUUCGAGCAAGUCUUGCAAGAUGCAGAAGUGUUCUUUCGAAAUAUUAGGCUGGAGGAACUAGAUUAUCCCAGCCCUGAUGCCGAAUGGAGAGAUCUUGCCGACGCCUAUCGCCAUGCCUGUCUUUUGCGAGUGAUCCGUUGGCCAGACACCUUUUCAAUUCCCUGUGAAUCUGACAAGGUGAAAGUCUCGGUCAGCGCUAUACUAGACGCCAGUUCACGAAUACCAAUGAGCUCCCCUUUUCACAAACGGUUGCUAUUUCCCCUUUUCCUCGCCGCUGUCGACACCUCUACAGGACACCAAAUGCAUUAUGCAACACUAUGUAUCCAGCAAAUCAAGCGCUCAACCGGAUUUGAACAUGCUGCAAUGACAGAAGUGCUUGAAAAGGUUUGGGAAGCUAGGGCGAAUCACAUUCGUGCCUGGCCUAACAUCCCUUGGAUGGAGUUUGUAAGUACAUUUGACGUCAUAAAAAACGACCGGAGAAAUACUGAAGCGCAAUAA